CAUAUUUAAAAAUCGUAUAAUAUGGAAGGCGAAGAGGAGGCUACUGCCAUCAACCCUGAAGUACUCAUGGAAGAUAUUAUAGAAUAUCUUAAAUUACUCAAUUACGAAGGAGAUUUCUGUUCUGAGAGAGGUCUAAAACCACUCAGCAGGUGUUACUUUGCAGUUAAAUUCAACCCUUCUGAUCAAUUUAUGUAUUUUGUCAGCUUGGUGUCUUGGCUUCUGACCUGAUGAGGACAGACACCAGGUGGCUGGAAUCAAUAUGAUGAUCCAAAUACUGUUACUAAUAACAUUGUACUUGAUCUAAAGAAAUUAGACAUCCUUAUUGAUUUCCCACCUUCAAAAUUGAAAUCUGGAUCAGGAGAAGCAGUCUGCCAAGCUUUGCAUGGUCUUGUAGAAGUUGCUCUAAAAGCUCAAAAAUUUAAGUUCAGACAACCUGUUAUUCCAGAUGAUGACGAAGAACAAGUCAACGAAGAUGAUGGUAAUGAUAAUGAUGACAACAAUCAGAUUGUUGACCUCGCUAACGAUGCCUUUGACGAUGAUGAUGACAUCGCUGAGCUUGUUGAAGGCUUUCCAGGUGAUGCCAAAGGUAACGAAUUCGAGGCUGAGAAUGAAAUCAUUGAAGCCGGAAUCGACCCGGACGAGUGGCAUAGAGAGUGUCAAAGAGUAGCCCAUAAGCUCAAAAUAAAGGAGUCUCAUGAUGCUCAGGAAUGGAGAAGUCAUCUUGAUCAGACCAAAAAGUACGCAGAACAGGUCCAACAAACCCUGCCAGAUGUCAGGUCCAAACUUGAGAAAAUUGCAGAUGAAGUCAGCAGGGCUCUUGAGAAGAUCUCGAAGAAGGAAGGAAUGUUCAAGACUAGGCAUGAUACAAUGACUGGAGACUAUAAGCAAGUAGCCGAAACAAUGAAGGAAAAUACGAACGAAUUCAAUAGGCUCAAAAACUCAGUCCAAGAACUAGAGUCAGAACUGUAUGAUGUAGAGGAGAAAUUAGCUGAUGUGAAGAAGAAAAUGGAUGAGAACCAAUCCAAGAUUUCAGACGCUUCACCUCUCCAAAAAAUCAAGAAAGGAAUUACAAAAAUGCAGAAAGAAAUUAGAGCUGUGGAUAUCAGAAUCGGGGUUGUCUCCAAUACUCUGACACAACUCAAGCUGAAAGAGAGGAACACUGAUGACACUAAGAAAGGGGAACUCCAAGAAGAUGACGAAGAGAUGGAUCUUGAACUCUAG